AUGACUCGUACAGGUGAAAAUGGGAAGGAUCGGCGUCGAUCACGAAGUAAAUCUACCUCGCCGGAACGCAAAAAGAAACGUUCUCGCAGCCACGAUAGGAGCAAAGGCAGUAGUUCCCGUUCAUCCGUCAAUAAUGGCAGUGCCAGUACAGCCGGCUUGUCGUCCGUGUUUGGUGGCAGUAGCAGUUCCGUCCGUCGAGAACGCCACCGGGAGGAGCAUAGGGAACGAGAACGAGAGCUCUGGGAGCGGGAGAAAGAACGCGACCGGGAGCUGGAAAAGGAACGCGAAAAGGAAGCUGCUCGCAAGCGCGAACGCGAAAAGGAGCGGGAAAAAUUACGUGAACAGGCAACCAAGUAUGCCCAAAGCGUAAGCAGCAGUGGAAAACAGUCCAAGUUCGAUCAGAUGCCUCCGGGCAUGAUGGCUCCACCGCCCCUUCUACCGCCCACGGUUGUGGUCGUGGAAAAGUUGGCCGAAGAAAAGAAGUCAAUAUUCCGGGAACAUCCCAAAGAAGAGGUAUACGAGGUACCGGUAGCUCCCAUUGACAAGGAGGAGGAACAACGUCGCCUUGAGCAGGAAAUGACUAAACGCCGUGAGCGUAUCGAGCGAUGGCGGGCGGAGCGAAAUAAAAAGGAACAGGAGAUCAAAAAACCACUGCCAACGAUCGUUCCGAUGUCAUCGUCUGGCGCGAAAAAGUGGAGUCUCGAGGACGACGAGGAAGAUGACGAAACGGAAGACGCAAAAGAUAAAGCGGAAGAGGAGGUCGAAGAGGAAGAAGAAAUCGAUCCGUUGGAUGCCUUUAUGAAGGAAGUAAAUGAAGAGGUACGCAAAGUUAACAAGCUAUCCAAUCCGCUCCCAAAAACGGACGGUAAAGCUUCCAGCAGUGGUGUCACGAUCAUCACCGGCGUGGCAAAGCAAAAAUCGGAAACGAAAAAAGGUGAACUAAUCGAGCAGAACCAGGACGGGCUGGAGUAUUCGUCGGAGGAAGAACAGGAAGACAUUAAGGAUACGGCAGCGAAUCUGGCUAACAAGCAGAAGAAAGAGCUGGCCAAAAUUGACCAUUCCGGCAUUAACUAUAUGCCUUUCCGGAAGUCGUUCUAUGUGGAGGUGCCAGAAAUUGCUCGCAUGACGCAGACAGAGAUUGAUGCGUACAAGAAGGAGCUGGAAGGAAUUGCCGUCAAAGGCAAAGGAUGCCCGAAACCGAUCAAAACUUGGGCUCACUGUGGUGUAUCGAAGAAAGAGUUUGAGGUACUUCGUAAGCUUGGCUUCGAGAAACCGACACCGAUCCAAUGUCAGGCCAUACCGGCCAUCAUGUCGGGAAGGGAUCUGAUAGGCAUCGCAAAAACUGGCAGCGGAAAAACGCUAGCCUUCAUUUUACCUAUGUUCCGGCACAUUCUCGAUCAGCCCCCGUUGGAUGAUGGUGAUGGACCGAUCGCGAUCAUAAUGACGCCAACGCGCGAGCUGUGCAUGCAGAUCGGGAAGGAUAUUAAGAAGUUUUCGAAAUCUCUUAAUCUUCGGACCGCAUGCGUUUACGGUGGUACGGGCAUAUCGGAACAGAUUGCCGAGCUGAAACGAGGCGCAGAAAUUAUUGUCUGUACGCCCGGGCGUAUGAUCGACAUGCUGGCGGCAAACUCGGGUCGUGUGACAAACCUGCGGCGCGUAACGUACGUCGUGUUGGACGAAGCCGACCGUAUGUUCGACAUGGGCUUCGAGCCGCAGGUGAUGCGUAUCAUUGACAAUGUACGUCCCGAUCGACAAACUGUAAUGUUUAGUGCGACCUUCCCACGGCAGAUGGAGGCACUGGCGCGAAGGAUCUUAAAGAAACCAAUCGAGGUGCAGGUCGGCGGACGAUCGGUCGUUUGUAAGGAUGUCGAACAGCACGUGGUAGUGUUGGAUGAUGAGGCAAAAUUUUUCAAACUGCUCGAACUGCUUGGUAUUUACCAGGAGCAGGGCAGUAUUAUCGUGUUUGUCGAUAAACAAGAAAAUGCUGACAGUCUGUUAAAAGAUUUGAUGAAGGCGUCCUAUCCGUGCAUGAGUCUGCACGGUGGUAUCGAUCAGUUCGAUCGAGACUCUACCAUGGUGGACUUCAAGCAGGGUCGUGUUAAGUUACUGAUUGCCACCUCAGUUGCAGCACGCGGAUUAGAUGUGAAGCAACUAAUUCUCGUCGUAAACUAUGACUGUCCGAACCACUAUGAAGAUUAUGUGCAUCGCUGUGGACGGACAGGGCGUGCCGGAGCAAAGGGAUUUGCAUGGACAUUCCUUACGCCGGAACAGGGACGGUACGCGGGUGACAUUAUUCGUGCGCUCGAACUCUCCGGUGGUACAGUGCCGGAUGAUUUGCGCAACCUCUGGGACACUUAUAAAGCGGCACAGGAAGCGGAAGGCAAGAAGGUUCACACUGGUGGAGGGUUCAGCGGUAAAGGCUUCAAAUUCGACGCUCAAGAAGCGGCUGCCGUAAAUGAGCGGAAGAAAAUGCAAAAAGCGGCACUUGGAUUGCAAGACUCAGACGACGAGGAAGAUCUUGAGCAGGACAUUGAUCAGCAAAUCGAAAACAUGUUCGCUACCAAGCGCAUUGUUAAGGAAGUGGAAGCACCUUCGACGAAUAAUCGUGAGCAGCAGAAUAAUCCACCACCGGUACCAGCUCCACCGGUUCCGAAUGUGACGCACUCGGACAAGCUUGAACUGGCCAAACGAUUGGCGUCGAAGAUCAACCUUCAGAAGACACUCGGCACGGAUUCAAAGGGGGCAACACAGCAGGCUGCCGAAGCAAUACUGAAGGGUGCCAAUACGCAGCAGCUGAUUGCGGCAAAGACUGUCGCGGAACAGCUGGCGGCUAAGCUUAACAACAAGCUCAACUAUCAACCGAAAGAUGAGGAAGAACCGGUGGUGGAAACGAACGAACAGGUGUUCCGUAAGUAUGAAGAAGAGCUAGAGAUUAAUGAUUUCCCGCAGCAGGCACGUUGGAAGGUUACAUCGAAGGAAGCGUUAGCGCAAAUAUCCGAAUACUCCGAGGCGGGUCUCACCGUACGUGGUACGUACGUGCCACCUGGUAAAAAUCCACCCGACGGUGAACGUAAGCUGUAUCUUGCUAUCGAGAGCUGCAACGAGCUCGCAGUGACGAAGGCAAAGCGUGAAAUUACGCGCCUCAUUAAGGAAGAGUUGUUGAAACUUCAGGCAUCAUCUCAUCAUGUCAUCAAUAAGGCUCGAUACAAGGUGGUGUAA